GCCCACAAGACGCGGGGCCGCGCACAGCUCGGUGGGGUGUGGCUCGUCGUACUGUCGGUUUCGCGCACGCAGGAGGCGGAGGCGCGUUCUUGUGUUGAAGUCAGAAAGUUGUGUCCGACUACCGGGGACAGCUCCGGUUGAGCGGCAACAUGGACGACCUGGAUGCAUUGCUUGCUGACCUGGAAUCCACCACAUCUCAUAUAUCCAAGCGUCCAGUUUUUUUAUCGGAAGAGACCCCCUAUUCAUAUCCCAGUGGUUGCCAUACAUAUCAAGAAAUUUCCAUAGCCCCUGCACAUACCAGUGAAUCUCUUAAUGGCACGGUUACCGACCCUCUGGAUUCCUGGACUACCAGCUCCAAUAAAUUCUCUCAGCAGCAGAAUCCCAUCCUCAGUAGUUCUGUUGUGAAGGAGAGUGUGGGAUCCCCCUCAGCUGGGGAAGAGGAACAUGUAUACAGUUUUCCAAAUAAACAGCGUUCUGCUGAGCCAUCUCCCACUGUCAUGGGCUCAUCUCUGGGCAGCAACCUGUCUGAGUUGGACCGUCUGCUCUUGGAGCUAAAUGCAGUGCAGCAAGCCCCAUCAAGUAGCCUUUCUGCAGAUGAUUUGACUCAAAGCAUCUCACAACCCGUGGCUAUCCCUGUUUCUGUAUCCAGUGUUUCUGACAACUCAGGAAUUAAGAUUGGGCAAUCCUUGAAGGAAAAACCUAAAUGUAAUGGGGCCCGGGGAAUAGAGGAUGUUCGUCCAAGUGUAGAGAGUCUUCUUGAUGAACUGGAGAGCUCUGUACCAACCCCAGUUCCAUCAGUCACUGUGUCUCAAGGAGAAAUGAGCAGCUCCCAGAGGGUCACCCCCAGCCAGCAGCAGACCCGAAUAUCUGCCUCCUCUGCCACACGUGAACUGGAUGAGCUUAUGGCUUCUCUCUCAGAUUUUAAGUUUAUGGCCCAAGGAAAAUCUGUGAACAGCUCUCCUCCAUCCAGUGCUCUGAAGCCCGGUAGUCAGCUAGACAAUAUGCUGGGUAGUCUGCAGUCUGACCUGAACAAGUUGGGCGUGGCAACGGUGGCGAAGGGCGUGUGUGGUGCUUGCAAGAAACCGAUUGCUGGCCAGGUUGUUACGGCCAUGGGAAGGACUUGGCACCCAGAACACUUUGUAUGCACUCAUUGCCAGGAGGAAAUUGGAUCACGCAACUUCUUUGAACGAGAUGGGCAACCAUACUGUGAAAAGGAUUAUCAUAAUCUCUUCUCCCCGCGAUGUUUUUACUGUAAUGGACCGAUACUGGAUAAAGUUGUGACUGCUUUGGACAGAACAUGGCAUCCAGAGCAUUUCUUUUGUGCACAAUGUGGGGCAUUCUUUGGACCUGAAGGUUUCCAUGAAAGGGAUGGAAAGGCUUAUUGCCGUAAGGAUUAUUUUGACAUGUUUGCUCCAAAGUGCGGUGGCUGCACCCAUGCAAUCCUGGAGAAUUAUAUCUCUGCUCUCAACACACUGUGGCACCCAGAGUGCUUUGUUUGUCGGGAAUGUUUUACUCCAUUUGUGAAUGGAAGCUUCUUUGAGCAUGAUGGGCAACCAUACUGUGAGGUGCAUUACCAUGAGCGUCGUGGUUCACUCUGUUCCGGCUGCCAGAAGCCAAUCACUGGCCGCUGUAUCACCGCUAUGGGGAAGAAAUUCCAUCCAGAGCAUUUUGUUUGUGCCUUUUGCCUUAAGCAGCUCAACAAAGGAACCUUCAAGGAGCAGAAUGACAAGCCAUAUUGCCAGAACUGCUUUGUCAAGCUCUUCUGUUAGAGCACUGCACUGUACCUACAGAUUUUAGCUAUGGGGGGGUAUGAGCAGCUCGUGUGCGCAGCCAGAUUGGUUGAUGAAUAAAUGGACUGUAUGAGGGAAGAAGCAUAGAAUGGAGCCUUACUCAUUUCACCUAUUUUCUUUUCUCUUCAUUUCCUAGUAAGGUGCUGAUCUAAAUAUUGGCCACCUAAUCUGGAAGGCCCUUUAUCAUUUCAAAGUUGGCAGCACAAGCUUCCCAUGACUAGAACCUGUGAAUGCCAUGUCUAUUAGGUUGAAAAAAUCCGUGGACUGCAUGGCAUGUACACGUUGUGCUGUGGGCUAUGCUGCGCUUUAAAAGGAGGGACAGUCUUUUGCAGCAUUUGAAUGCGUGUGUAUUAGAAUGGCUUGUCAUGGUUUAGUAAAGACGCUGCCGCUUCUCUUCAUUAGAAAGUAAGUAGAAUGGCUCUCACAUCCUCACUAGAAUGAGAUUGGCAGCUUUCAGUAUAUGGGUUGGGCUGUUAUAAAAGGCCUGAUUUGGGAAUUACAGCAAUAACAUUUUCUAAUGACGGUUACUGGUAACUUGUCACAUAAUUGAUGCAGAGUAGCUGAUCUUCAGGGUUUUGUUUUCUCUUUUUAAUCCAGAAAUACCCUGGUUCAGUUUUAAUGAAAAAUAAAAAUCUGUUUUAAAAAAAAAUAAAAAUAAAAUAAAAUAUACACAUAUAAAUAUAUUUACUCUUAAAAUUAAAUCCAGUGGUACUGGAUUUUUUUUGUGCUUUAACUAAACCUGGCUAUUAACAUUUCAGUAUUUUAUAGUGUGAAAUUACUUUAUUAACAAUUUUGGACAUAUGUUAAUUAAAAAUCAGUAUUUGAAAAUUAAGCUACUUCAAUCAAAUAUUAAUGGGAAAUGCCAAAUAUUGGUUUUUAUGUAAAUCGUGAACUUUAAUCAGAAAAGAAUAAACUUUAUAAAGAGGCCUGCCACUUUAUUUUCCUUUUGAUGUAAGGCAAAGGGGUGUAUUGCGGUAGAGCUUUGUGGCAGAUUUUUGUAUUUUGACAUACUUAAAGGUUCUAUAGUUUUUCAUAAAUAACGAUAAUAUCAGAGAUCGCUAAGUGUUUGUUCUACUUUGAUUUCUCUGAUCUAUCCCAGUCCUGCGGCCCGAUUUGUAUCAUUAUUGGUGUUAUUAAUGAAAAUACAAUAGGACUUUUAAUCUCUUUAGUCAUUAGCAUGUGAUGUUCAUAUUAGAGCUAUCAAUAUGAUUGUGUGAAAUGCCAAAGAUAAUUCUGAUUUGGUUUCUGUGGCAGAGAUGCCUUUACUUAUGUGUCAUAACUGCUUUACAUAAACAUCCUAUUUUUGGGGGGGGUUAAUAACUGAACAGAAUGUCUGAUGCAUCUGUUGAAUGUCCUGUGUGUGUACACGCUGCUCAUUGAGACCCACUUAAGAAAUUGACAUCUGUGUUUUAAUGCAUUUUUAAGGCAAAAACAAAUUUGAUGAAUGUUACUGCUGAGGUGUUUUCUGCUAUUUAACUUAUAGCUUUGCACAUAUGUACUGGCCAAGUUAUGUGGGGGCUAAUUUGUUCAUUAAAGGUGUUUAUUUGAGGUUAAAAAAACAAGAUCUCUUACCCCCCCAACCCCUUCUCCAUCUAAAUACAGCACCACUUACUUUCGUGUUAUUGCAUAUGGGUUCCAUCCACUAAAGAGGAACUUGUUGGGUGCUUCAUGUUGCAAAACCAAGGCUAUAGCUAUAAGCGGAGUAAUUCUUCUUCCUGCCCUGCUGGUGUUGAAUGACGGUGAUCUCUGUAUACACAAAUAUAUUGAGAGAGGUCUGUGAAGCCUAGCUGGAUGGGGAGUGACUUUAUGCCCCAUUCUUAGCUUUUUUUUAUUUUAUUUUUUAUACCAUGGUUUCUCUAAAAUAAUAUAGCAUUUCCUGGUAAAUCAUAGUUCAUUAUAAUAAGGGAACCUGUCCCUGUUACAUGCUGCUCAUUGAUCGGGCUGCAUGAAGGACCUGACUGGUUCUCUUUCAAAUGGGGCUCAGCUGCAAUACUAAAUAUUGUGGUGUUUUUUCCAACGUUAUAAACUCCAUUAAGUUAUGUGAACAUUCCCAGUAGUUGAUGCACAGUGAUAAAACCUACCCCAGGAACUGCUUCAGAGAUAGUAUGCUACAUCUAAAUAAUAUCCAAACUCACAUUUGGGCCAGGUUCGUUUUUUCCACACUUAAAGGGGUACUCCGGUGGAUAACUUUUUUUUUUUAAACCAACUGGUGCCAGGAUGUUAAACAGAUUUGUAAAUGACUUCUAUAAAAAAAAAAUCUUAAUCCUUCCAGUACUUAUUAGCUGCUGUAUACUACAGAGGAAAUUUGUUUCUUUUUGGAACACAGUGCUCUCUGCUGACAUCACGAGCACAGUGCCUGACAUCUCUGUCCAUUUUAGGAACUGUCCAGAGCAGCAUAUGUUUGCUAUGGGGAUUUUCACCUACUCUGGACAGUUCUUAAAAUGGACAGAGAUGUCAGCAGAGAGCACUGUGCUCAUGAUGUCAGCAGAAAGCUCUGUUUUCCAAAAAGAAAAUAAUUUCUUUUGUAGUAUU